AUGGCGCCCAAAGUGAAAAUGGAGGCCCCUUCCCCUCCCAGAGCUGAAGCCGAGGCAAAGGCUCUGAAGGCAAAGAAAGUGGCACUGAAAGGCGCCCCCGGCCACAAGAGAAAGGAGAUGCGCACAUUGCGCACUUCCGGAGGCCUGAGACGCUGCGGCGCAGGGGCAGCCGACAUGUCCUUGGAAGAGCGCCCCCUGGGGGAUGAGCCUGACCACUCAGCCAUCAUCAGGUUCCCCAGGCCCCGAGUCAGCCGCGGAGGAGACAGAAGACAGCAACACGCUGUGUUCAUCGGGGAGGCCGAGGCCAAGGAGCAGCAGACCCGAGGGGCCGGGGGAAGCUCUGAGACCUGCCGUGGCCACGCCCGCAGCCCGAUGGGGCCCAAGGGAGGGGAGAAGGCCUGUGCUGGACGGGCUCCGGACGAGGACGCUUCGGACGCUGCCAGCCGACUUGGGAUCGUCCACACCGAGUCCAGCGGCUAA